UUGGAGAAGCCUUUGAGAAGACUUGCACGAACAAAACAGAACAUGAGAAACAACUUUGGCAGAAAGCUUUGACCGACGUAGCAAACACUUUAGGAUUUCAUUCUCUGAACUGGGAUAAUGAAGCAGCAAUGAUUGAAGCAAUCGCCAGUGAUGUUUUGUGCAAACUGAAUUUAACUCUGACAAAGGAUUUUGAUGACUGUGUCGGGAUUCAAGAUCAUAUCUCGGAGAUGAGUUCAUUGCUGCAAUUGGAAUCUGAGGAAGUGAUUAUGGUUGGGAUUUGGGGUCCCUGUGGAAUUGGCAAGACAACAAUUGCAAGAGCUCUGUAUAGUCGACUCUCUCGUCACUUCCAAGGUAGUGUUUUCUUAGACAGAGCUUUCAUGUCCAAGACUUUAGAAAUUUAUAGUAAAGCCAAUCCGGAUGACUACAAUAUGAAGUUGCAUAUGCAACAGAAUUUUCUCUUGGAAAUUUUGAACAAAGAGGGCAUGAAGAUAAAUAACUUAGGUGCCGUGAGAGAGAGGCUAAAGUGCAUGAAAGUUUUAAUAAUUAUUGAUGAUUUAGAUAAUAAGAUGUUGCUAGAUGUCUUGGUUGGUCAAACUCAAUGGUUUGGAUGUGGGAGCCGAAUCAUUGCGAUUACAAAUGAUAUGCACAAGUUAAAAGCCCAUGGGAUUGAUCUUAUAUACAAGGUGGGUUUCCCAUCUAAACAGCUUGCUCUUGAGAUGUUUUGUCAAUCUGCUUUUGGACAAACCUCUCCACCUAAAGGUUUUGAGAAGCUUGCUUCUGAAGUUGCAAUGCGGGCUGGAAGACUACCUUUGGGUCUUAAGGUUCUAGGUCAGCAUAUGCGGGGGAGGGACAAAGAAGAUUGGAUUGAUAUGUUGCCUAGGCUUCGGAGAACUUUGGAUGGGAAAAUUGAGAAAGCCUUAAGAUUCAGCUAUGAUGGAUUAGAUAGCAAAGAAGAUCAGGCCAUAUUCCGUCACAUCGCGUGUCUCUUUAAUUAUGAGAAGGUUAAUGACAUCAAGUUGCUCCUAGCAGAUAGUGACUUGGAUGUUAAUAUUGGGAUUACAACCCUAGUCAAUAAGUCCCUCUUACACAUAAGGAAUGGUACCAUUGAAAUGCAUGGGUUGCUACAAGAAAUGGGUAGAGAAAUCGUUCGUGCGCAGUCCAGUGAGCCCGGAGAACGAGAAUUCAUUGUGGAUUCAAAAGAUAUAUCUGAUGUACUUGAGGAUGACAAUGGUACUAAAAAGGUUUUGGGUAUAGCAUUGGAUGUGGAUGAGAUUGAGGAGCUAUUUGUACACGAGAAAGCCUUCAACGGCAUGCGUAAUCUCACUUUCCUAAAAGUAUACACAAAUGAAUUGUUGUCGAAAGAAGAAACCCGCUUGCAUCUUCCAGAAGGUUUUGACUAUUUGCCCCCUAAACUUAGAUUACUAAGUUGGGACAAAUGCCCAUUGAGAUGUAUGCCUUCUAAAUUUUAUUCUAAAAAUCUCGUUGAACUCAAAAUGCGACAUAGCAAGCUCGAGAAGCUCUGGGAAGGAGCAGGGUCCUUGUCUUGUCUCAAGAAUAUGGAUUUGGAGGGAUCAAAAAACUUGAGAGAAGUUCCAGAUCUUUCAAUGGCGACUAAUCUUGAAACACUCGAGUUAAGCGACUGCUACAGUUUAGUGGAGGUUCGUCGUUCCUCUAUUCAGAACCUUAACAAAUUGUUGAAGUUUAAUAUGAGGAGAUGCAAAAAGCUCGAGAUUCUUCCAACCGGAAUCAACCUUAGAUCUCUAAGGUCCUUCGUUGUCAGUGAUUGCUCACGGCUGAAGGUUUUUCCUGAUAUUUCUAGAAACCUCUCAUCGCUUGCUCUAAGCAGAACAGGUAUUCAAGAAUUUCCAUCUGACUUGCAUCUCAAGAAUCUAGUUGAGCUUACCAUGGAAGAAAAUCAAAGUGAGAAACUUUGGGAAAGAGCUCAGACACUUGGACCAUUGAUGACCAUGUUGUCUCCUUCUUUGAAUACCACAGUCAUUUCAUUGAUUCUCUCUGACAUCCUAAGUUUGGUGGAGCUUCCUUCCUCUAUUAGUAAUCUCAGCAGACUUGGGAGUUUGAGCAUUACAAAUUGCAGAAAUCUACAGACUCUUCCAAGUGGCAUUAACCUCAAACGCCUCAGACACCUUGAUCUAGCUUAUUUUACAGACUGCAUGGGCCUGACUGGAGCAAGUUGGCAUGAUCGUUGUCCAAUGAAAGUAGAGACUGUCUCAUAUGCGAAACUCGAUUUCACGAACUGUUUCGCAUUGGAUCAAGAAGCUCUUCUUCAACAACAACCAGUUUUCGAGGUUAUGAUACUGCCAGGUGAAAAAGUGCUAUCGUAUUUCACUAUCCAAAAUACAACGGGAAGCUCUUUGGCUGUUCAGACAACUCUCACAUCACCGUUCUUCAGAUUCAGGGCUUGUGUCCUGGUUGAUGUUGUGUGUAUCCCUAUAGGUGAUAACGCACAUGUAGAACUCCAGGUAAAUUGUUGGUUUAGAGGCGGGAACCAAAUUGAUUCUUCCUCUGAUGGUGAUUACCAUAGAUCCGUGACGUAUGAUAUAUUUGAGGCUAGCCAUGUGGCUAGAAGCCAUGUGGCUAUAUUCGACUAUUGUCUCCCUCUAAACGACAAAGGCUAUCCUCCUCCCGCUGACGUUGUAGAUAUCCAGUUUCGUCUCAUUAGUGCUGACACUGUAUGCAAUAUCAAAUCUUGCGGUUUACGGGUUUUUGAAGAUUGUCCAUCAGAUUCACAGGAUGUUCAUGAAGAAGAUGAAACUAAUGUUAGAAACCAUGAGAUGAGAGUGAAGAGACUGAAGGCAUCGAUGUAGUGACGAGAAGAAUCUUCAAGAAAGAAAGUACCCUCUUCGAGAAACUGUAAAAUUGUAAAAUAUCA